CAACUUUCUGUUCUUCUUUUGGACUUUUGCUACUUGUUACCAGGAGAACGGUAGUUCUUCGACCGGGAGACGCAAACGUCCUUAAAUAAAAAUAGAAAUAUUUUUUCACAAUAAUUCACUGCUAAAAUGGAUGCGCCACUUCUGGUCAAUGUCGACAAAUGGAUUGCUCAAAACGAAAAUUCUUUCCUCCCACCUGUGUGCAACAAACUAAUGCAUUUUCGCCAGUUGAACAUCAUGUUUGUCGGAGGCCCAAACACCAGGAAGGACUAUCACAUUGAGGAAGGGGAAGAGCUCUUUUAUCAGGUCCGAGGGGACAUGUGUCUGAAGGUGAUUGAGAACGGCAAACACAAGGAUGUACCCAUCCGUGAGGGGGAGAUGUUCCUGCUCCCGGCCCGGAUCCCCCACUCCCCCCAGCGGCAGGCGAACACAGUGGGGCUGGUGGUGGAGCGUCGGAGGCUUCCCUCUGAGAUAGACUGUCUGAGGUAUUAUGUAGAAAACAGCACGGAUGUCCUGUUCGAGCGCUGGUUCCCCUGCAAAGACCUGGGGACACAGCUGGUGCCAGUCAUCAAGGAGUUCUUCAGCUCUGAGCAGUACCGAACAGGGAAGCCCAGCAAAGAUGAGCCCCUCAGACAGCCUCCAUUUCAGCUCAACGGCAUGCACGUGAUGAAGCCCUUCGUCUUCAGGGAGUGGGUGGAGAAGCACCACCCGGAGCUGGCCGGAGGACGCCCCGUCAACGUGUUUGGGGCGCAGUUCGAGACAGAGACCGCACUCUAUGGACCAGGGGAGACGGAGAAGUCCCGGCACGACACGGAUAUUUGGAUAUGGCAGCUGGAAGGAAGCUCUCAGGUGACAAUGGACGGUCAGCCGUUCUCUCUCUCUGCAAGAGACAGCUUGCUUAUCCCCGGACAAAGCGAGUACCAGUGGCAGAGGAGCGAGGGAUGCGUGGCUCUGUACGUCAGGCAGAACCCAGAGAGGAAGAGCGCCUAUUUCUGACCCCGCCCCGCGUUCGGGCAGGAAGAGAGACAAGUCACUUUAAUUCAAGCUUGAAAACCAAACAAAAAUAUACAUAUUAUGUAAUACAUAUUGCAUAACUUUGAUUAUAUUAAUCAACUUAAAUUAAAAAAAUUCUGGAGCUGGGUUCUUCAGUUUGCUGUCGAAAGCAGGAAUGAGAAAUGUGACACAUGCAAUCAUAACUACAUCAGUGACCUAGCAAAAAUUCUGGAAUGUCAUUAAAAUGUAUUUUCAUAAUGUAACACUAUUUUAAUUAACUGGAAUGCUUGUGGUAGUUGUAGUUUUUAGCAAAUGUCAUCCAUUAAAAAAAAAAGCGAAGUAA